AUGAGAUAUGUUGUUGGUAACAGAUGGCUAGGAAACACUUUCGGUCAUACUCAUCUCAAUAAGGAAUCAGGGCCAAUCACGCUUGAGAUACAAAGAGUUGCACUCGAUUACGUAGUAUCGCGAGAACCGCACAAACACAUGGCAAAUCAAUCGCAGAGCUGCAAUUACAUGUGCCAUUUGAGAGAUAUUAGCAGGACACCAGAUUCCGUGAAGCAAGAUGCUCAGCCUGUAUACGACCCGCUGGAUGCGGUAUACUUGUUACGCAGAGAUAGCUGCCACAACAUAGACAGUGACGCAUCAGGUGAAAACCGCAGGAAUGACUACGUAACAUUGAUAAGGGACGGUUUGACCUCUCCACCCCGUGAUUACAAUGCACAGAAUCUUCCCUACAUCAUUUCACUGUUUGCGUGUCUAACUAAGGCGCGUGCUCUCAUGGCGUAUAUGCUGGUGGAUGUUGACAAGCUGUGGGGAGUCAUGAACACGGAGCAGUUUAUGCUGUGUCAUACCACACGCAAUCCAUCGUACGAUUUCAAUUGUUGA